GUUUGGCCUGCGGCAAAAAGAUGAACGAAGAGGGCGGGACGUUUUGAAACAGAAGAGGGAGGCAGGCGGCAUAGGUUAAAAGUCAUACUCGAGAGCGUGCGUGCGCUUGUCUGCGCGUAUGUGAGAACAUGACAAGGUCAAUCGUGACGAAGCUUCUCGUCCUCGUGAUCUUCAUCUUCAUCGUCUGCCUUCCAGAUUUUUUCGCUCCAUACGGAGUGUCCAAAGUCAGCCUUGUCUGUUUGCCGUGUGAGCGGGACAAGCGAGCGAGGAAGAGGGAGAACUGGCAUGGGAGUGCAGAGGCCGAGGUGAGAAGAAAAACGUCAUGUGACCCGCCUCUCAUCCCAGGAGGGGAGCGAUGGCGUGAGACGUGUGACGAGAGAGCAGGUGACAGCAGCCCUACGACAAAGGAUGUGAGGAGCGAAGACCCACACCUAAGAUGGUACAUUUGUGAAACACAAGGGAGUGCGGCGGAAUUGCAGAGUAACAACUCCCAUUCAGUGUUGCCACAGCUUAGUGACCUGGAGGUGUCAAUGAAGUUUGAAUUUGGAGAUGCUAACUUCCUGAAGCUCACCUUAUAUGGCCGCAGUAAUUCCAGCUCCCUGCAUCUUCAACCAGCUGACGAGGAGACGGAUGAUGAUGGAGGUCACGAUGAGUGGGGUGCUGUGUUCAGGAUCCUCUGGCUGGUUCUCUUGUGUGCGGUAUUGCUGACUUUGACCUCAGCUUUCCUCAGACGAAUUAAGCGCAGCGGACACUGUUGCAGUAAGACACACGAUUAUAUUUUCACUUCACUGCACACGGGAAAGUAG